AGAGAGCGUUGACGCUGCCUGGUGCCGGACAGCUGCUGCUGCUGCUCCACACUCUGGACCCGGACUCAUCAGAACUCCUGGAUCCUGUGAUGCUCCACAGUGGAUCAGCUGUUUUGGGGUCGCGAUGCCGUACGUGGACCGACAGAACCGCUUCUGUGGCUUCCUGGACGUCGAGGAGGACGAGAGCAGCGGCCGGUUCCUGCGCCGAUACUUCAUCCUGGACAAGCAGCAGGGCAGUCUACUGUGGUACAUGGACAACCCACAGAAUCUGCCUAAAGGAGCAGAGAAGGUUGGAUCCCUCAAACUCUCCUACAUCUCCAAGGUCAACGAUGCCACAAAACUCAGACCAAAGGCGGAGUUCUGCUUCGUCAUAAACGCUGGAAUGAGGAAGUUUUACCUUCAGGCUAAUGACCAACAGGAUUUAGUGGAAUGGAUCAGCGUCCUCAACAAUGCCACAAAGAUUACUGUGCCAAAGUCCAGUGAGGCUCACACUGUCCACGAUGUGACUCAGGACACGCCCGGAACGUUGAAACCCGUCUCCUACAAGACAGAGAUCAUAGGAGGAGUCCCCAUCAUCACUGCUACACAGGAGCAGGGGGAGGGGCAGAAUGGGGCGGAGCGAGGAAGUUUGAAACGAUGUCAGAAUCAGCUGCCCUUCUAUCUGUCCAGAGGAAUACAGGACCAGACGGUCAUCAAGGUCGGAUACUGUGUCAAACAAGGAGCUGUGAUGAAGACCUGGAAGAGGAGGUACUUCAUCCUGGAUGAAAACGCUGUCAGCUACUACAAAUCUGACCUGGAGAGAGAGGCGCUGAGAGUCAUUCAUCUGAAGGAGAUCCACAAAGUCCACGAGUGUAAACAGAGUGAGCCCAUGAUGAGGGACAACCUGUUUGAGAUGGUCACCAGCUCCAGGACCUUCUACAUUCAGGCUGACAGUCCAGAGGAAAUGCACAGCUGGAUCAAAGCCAUCUCAGGAGCCAUCAAAGGUGACAGUGUAACAAACUGUGUUGUUUCCUCAGACUCGACGUUUGUCCACUCCUUGUUUACACAACUACACGCCGUUCUGCAACACGAACACAGUGACCAGUCUUCUCCGUCCUCCACCUUCUACUACUCCCUUGACCAGGAACUACACUACCCACAAUCCUCAGCGGGCGCUGGGCCUCAGACUGGACCCACUGGGUCCGGACAGUUUCCUGGGCCUGCUGCCGUGGCGACUGAGUGGCGUCCAGUCUGUGAUGAUGCCCCUCCCCCCGGCACGCUCCCGCCUGUCGCUGCAGGAGACGCUGCAGUCGUCAAAGUAACGGAAGAGGAGGAGGGAGACAACAGGUCGCCAUGGAAACGCCACAGCCAGGUCGCUGAGCUGGGAUUAGUUGUUGGCAGCGAGGAGGAGGAGCUUCACCAGUUUACCGCUGAAAACUCUGACCUUCAGAUGACGUUGAUUUGAUGAUUGUUUUUUCAGUGAGUGAUCAUGUGACUCUUCUUCUCCUCACCUGUGUUUUAUUUUCACACACACACACAAAAGUCAGGUGUUUGUUUGUGAAGUGUGUGUUUUACUGAGUUAACGUGUGAGUUAAAGUGAGAUUAAGUGAGUUAAACUGAGUUAACGUGUGAGUUAAAGUGAGAUUAAGUGAGUUAACGUGUGAGUUAAACUGAGUUAACGUGUGAGUUAAAGUGAGAUUAAGUGAGUUAAACAGAGUUAACGUGUGAGUUAAAGUGAGAUUAAGUGAGUUAACGUGUGAGUUAAACUGAGUUAACGUGUGAGUUAAAGUGAGAUUAAGUGAGUUAAUGUGAGAUUAAGUGAGUUAAACUGAGUUAACAUGAGAUUAAGUGAGUUAAACUGAGUUAGCGUGUGAGUUAAAGUGAGAUUAAGUGAGUUAAACUGAGUUAAUGUGUGAGUUAAAGUGAGAUUAAGUGAGUUAACGUGUGAGUUAGUGAGAUUAAGUGAGUUAAACUGAGUUAACGUGUGAGAUUAAGCGAGUUAAAUUAAAAUUAAAUUGAGUUAAAACUCAAACACUGGACCUGACGACUCAGUCACGUUUUUUUCUGAUCUUCAAACUUUUUUAUUUUCAUAUUAAAAAAUGUGUGUGCACAUGCACAGAAACCUUCCUCUGCUUCUAUUGUCACAUGUUUUGACAUUCACUCCUUCACUCAUUCAUGGUAACAUAAGUGUCUGUAUUGUUCUUUUUUUAAAGAUUUAAUUAAAAACUAAAGUUUUAAA